UCUGACUCUGUACGACUCACUCAGUCUGCUCUCGGAGCCUCGGCAGCUUCUCUGCUUCUUCUUCUCUCUGGACUGUCUCCUCGUCUCCCCCCCGUCUCUUCAUCCCGCAGACGCUGACGUCAGUGGAAUAUUUCAAUCUCCGAUAAUCACUUUAAUCUAAUUAUGAAGAUUUCCCCUGAGACGCAUCCUCGUCACUGAAGGCCAAAGAUGGAGACUCCCUUCUACCACGACGACUCUCCCACUGUCUCCGGCUACAGCCACAUCGCCGAGUACGAGCGUUACCCGGGCAACAAGAUGCUGAUGAGUAAGAAGGCCAUGGCGAUGGCGGCCGGUCACCAUUUCUCCAGUGGUGGUGGUGGCGGCGCAGGAGGGAGGGGCGGUAACCCUGGCAACCACGCACUCACCGCGAACACCUCGCUUAUGUCGUCUGUGGCGUCCUCUGCCAUGGACAUGAACCUGCUGAAGCUGGCGUCUCCUGACCUGGAGCACCUGAUCAUCCAGUCCAACCAGGGACUGGUGACCACCAGCCCGGCGUCCAACGUCACCAACACCUUCCUCUACCGCAACCAGGCCACCAACGAGCAGGAAGGGUUCGCCGACGGCUUCGUCAAAGCUCUCGCCGACCUCCACAAGCAGAACCAGCUGGUGGGAGGUCCCAUGUCUCCGUCCCCAUCCCUGCAGGCGUCCUACCAGAGGAACCUGAUGUCCGCCAGUGACAUGCCGGUGUACACCAACCUCAGCAGCUACAACCACGCACAGAUGCCGUAUCCCGGCGGGCAGCUAACAUACGGCAGUAGCUCGGGAAGCGUCGGACCUCCUCAGCCGCACACGCGAGGCCUGGACGCGCCGCAGACCGUCCCUGAGGUGCCCCGCCCACCAGGCGACCCCAUGUCCCCCCUCUCCCCGAUCGACCUGGAGACACAGGAGCGGAUCAAAGCGGAGCGCAAGAAGCUGCGCAACCGUAUCGCGGCGUCCAAGUGUCGCAAGCGGAAGCUGGAGCGGAUCUCGCGGCUGGAGGAGAAGGUGAAGGUUCUGAAGAGCCAGAACUCGGACCUGGCCUCCACCGCCGCCAUGCUGCGCGAGCAGGUCGCCCAGCUCAAGCAGAAGGUCAUGAGCCACGUCACCAACGGCUGCCACAUCGCCGUCGCCUCGGCCGCCGCCAAGUCCGGUGGAGUGGGAGGAGCCUCGGGCAGCGAGGACUCGCGCUGCUGAGGAGGCGGGACUUGACAACGGCGAGGUCUGAGGUGAUUUAAUAACGCGGCGUUUCACUCGCGCUCGUGGUCAGAGCGAGCGGCUCGGUGACAAAGACGCCCCCCUCUGGACAGAUGGAUGUAUGACGGGAUUUACUCUGUCCUGCUGUCAAUCAUUCAGCCUGAGGAGGCGGGGCUUAGAGGAGAGAUGGGAGGCGACGUGACAAGACGGAUGUUCAGAGUCUGAACGUGUAAUUUAAAAAGAAGCGUGUGUGUGUGUGUGAGAGAGAGAGAUUACAUUUACUCUUUUUACCUUUAAAUAUUUGUCAUUAAACAUUUGUAAAACGCCACAAACAUAAUCAAACUUCACUGUGAACAGUGAAGUAAUCAGAUUACUUCUUUAAUUUUAUCUUUUAAACUGUAACUGCACAUAAAUAAACACAACUGUUACAUUUAAUCAGUAAAAAAAGAAACAGAAGCCCAUCCAACAAAUAUUUAUUUAUUUUUUACUUUUUCACGUCUGAUUCUAUUUUUGUACAAAUGUAUAAAGUGGUGUGUGUAUAAUCUGUUAUUAUUGUUAUUAUUGUUACGAUCAAACACUUAUUUAUUAUGAAUAUGUUUCAUUUCUGUCACAUUGUUUCACUGUGUUGAGAUGUUUGUGGUAAAAUAUCAGUGAUAAAAUGUUCACCCUCUGCUUUUCUUUAUCAUUAUUAUUAUUAUUAUUAGUAGUAGUAGUAUCAUUGUUAUCAUUAUUAUUAAUAUUAUUAUUAUGUUAUUAUAACUAAAAUCAAUAUUGUCCCUCACUGAACAGGCUUAUUCUAUCAGUUACUGACAGAUAAACAGCCUUGACUGAGACUGUGAGCGCCCCCUGUGCCGGGAACCAGACGACAAACACACUUAACAAAAGACUCACCUAUUAAAAUCUACACCUAGUUAAUUUCCAGAUAUCUAAAGAAUAUGUUCCAGGCUUCAUCUCACUGUUAGACACACAUUUUCCAACAGGAAACUAAAGUUUCUGUCGCUCAGUGAAGCACUCACUCUCCCACACCAAACUCCAUAGAGAAAAGCAGUGAUUUAACAUCACAGCACACAGGACUUGUUGAUCCACUGCUGCCUCCAUUUGCAGGUAAUCAUGAAUUAUUUUGUGACUUUAAAGUUUAAAAUCUUUCAUUUAGAUUUUUCUCAGUGACAUAAAUGUACAAAAUAAGGCAGCAGAAGAUCAGCAGCUACUGUGUUCCCAUGAGCUAAAAUUGCUGAUUUUCUCUAUGGACUUUGGUGUGGGAGAGUGACCGGUUUACAAAGUAACACAAACUUCCGUUUCCUGUUGAAAAAUAUGUCUCUAACAGUGAGAUUAACAAGUGAACAUGUUCUUAAGAGAUCAUUGAGCUAAG